CUUCCUGCAGGGAUUCAUGGGAAAGAGGAGGAGUAUAGACUGAUUUCGAAGUCCAGACGUUGGAGUUGUAGUCUGUCACAAAGAAGUUGUUGGGAUCAAAAGCAGCAAAACUCCAGCGUGAAAUUGAUAUCAGCAGCAGCAUCAUGGAAGUGGACAAAGCCAAGCUGCAGGAAGCUGCCAUUGUGGGCCUGAAUGUCCUAAAAGCUGUUGCUUCUGCAGCCUCCGUAUUCUUCCCGCCCAUCGGCAUCGCCGGUUCCUUGAUUGGGGUGGUUUUGAAAUUUGUAGACAAGAAUGACAGCAUUGACAACCUAAAGAAGGAGUUCCAGUUGAUCCACCAGGGCCUGGAUGAGCUCUCCAAGCAGAACCAGCAGACGAUGAAGACCAUCAUCAAGGAGACGGCUGACCAACAGUUCAGCAGAGUGGAGAGGAGCCUUAAGUGGCAGUAUGAGAAGUACAUGAAGAUGAUCAGUGCCCCGCCGGAGCACGUGCAGAGGAGAAGCGAAGAGUUUGUGGAGGCUUAUGACGAUGAGCUGGGCGACCAGCAUCUGAACACGCUGUACGAGAGCGUGAUCGGUGUGCCCAAAGUCUUUGGCAAACCCAUCCUGCAGGUGUACAAGCAGCACUCGCGCAAUGACCUGGACACCAUGACCAAGCUCAGCCAUCAGCUCUUCUACCUGUUCAGCAUCGGCUGCAUCACCCUGAUGGCCAACGCCGUCCUCAUCGGGGACGACGUGGAGAGCCUGAAGGAGGAGUGGGAGGACAAGAUGAACCGUGUGUGGAGUGAGAUGGAGAAAGCUCUGAAAGACUGCCAGUAGAGAUCUUUCUGCAUGGGGGAGGCAUACCUGAUACAUAUCUAUUCACUGAAAUCACCGUAAUGUAAAUGUAAAAACGAUCUCUGGCAUCGUGGCGCUUCACUAAAUUAUGUAAUUCUGACAUAAACAUAUAAACUUUAAAGGAUCUAACUCUUUAGUGGAACUGUAUACUGUGGAUUUUAGUUUCUAACUAACAGCACUUUGGUGAAGAAAGUUUCUGCUUCUUUUAAAAAAUACACUACAGGGGGAGGGGGGAGGGGGGACAUCAAUCUGUGCUUUAUAUUUUAUACAAACCUUUUUUGUAAAACUAAUAUUCCAAUGUUGCUGUGCUGAAAACUUUAUUUUUUUCUGCUUGUAGUCAGAAUAAAAAGACAGUUUUUACUUUAUAGAAUCAAGACUUGGAGUCAAAUGUCUGUUUGUUUGUUUGUUUGUUUACACCAUCUCCAGAGCUGCUCCCACUGAAGCUUUUGCAGUUUGUGUGCGAGAUGCUCUUUAAAUCACUGAUCGCCUUAAGUUGACAUCUGAAGUCAUGUCAAAUAUUUUUAGCUUUAUUCUAACCGUGCCUCAGUGAGCCAGUACAUUUUCAUUUAGUGACUGAAGUUUAUUUAACACUGAAAAAGAAAAUGCCUAAAAUUAACAGGUCAAAAACAACAAUGGAUAAAACAUGUUAAAUAUUAAAUAAACCUAAAAUUACUAAAUCUUGUCAAAAUAAAAACCUAUUUUAGCUAAAAUCCCGCUGACAAAAUGGUGAAAGCUUCAUCUGAGGAAGUAGAACAUGGUAACAGAGAAUGUUCCAGAGUUUAGGAGCUUUUUUGCAUCAGAUUUAGGGGAAUCUAAACUAUGAAAUGUUUGUUGGGGGGUAACGGUUUUUCUAUUUUUUAUGUUUCAUUAAUGUCUCCUUGUCCUUUCGGAAUGGAUGUUUGUUUUUCACUUUGUUGCAGCAACAGUUAAGAAAAAUAAUUGAAAGCUUUUUCAAAUUCAUGUUUUUUAUGGAUCAUGUCUGGUUGUAUACAUGCUACUGCAAAUAAACACAGAAACUAAAUC